CAAAGAAAAUGCUUAGAGACACCGUCUUAACUCUCGCAAUGUUGGCAAGCUCAUUGGCAAGCUCCAUGGCUUACGACAAAUAUACAACGAAUUUUUAUACCGGAAAUCAUGAUAAUGUGGCCCUUAAAUCGGACCCAUUUAUUAACAUCAACAAUCGAUAUUACUACUUCGGAACCGAUCCACAGAAUUGGUAUGUUGCCUAUGAGAAGUGUCGUGCAUUAAGCUCGGAAUUAGUAACAUUCGAUUCCUUGGAAGAGUUUGAAGCGAUUGCUAAGUAUUUAAAGGCUCGUGGCGACAGAAAUGAGUAUUGGACAUCUGGCAAUGAUCUGGGACGUGAAGGCACAUACAAUUGGUUUAGCACUGGCAAGCAAUUAAGCAUCUCAAAAUGGGCUCCUAACCAACCCGAUAACUCAGCAGGACGUGAGAAUUGUAUACAUAUGGGUUAUAUCUAUACAUACUCAAAAGAUUUCGAAUUGAACGAUCGUCCAUGUGAAAGCUUAUUCCGUUACAUAUGCGAGGCACCAGAACCAGAAACAAUUUCAAUAGUUGUGUGGAAAUGAUCGUUCAAUCGGAAGCAAUAUAAACAUUUAUAGCCGAGUUAAAUGACUUUUAAUUUUUUAUCUUUGAUCAAUUCUUGCUUCAAUAAAAAUUUAAUUUUGGCACAAUAAAAUUAGCAAAUUACAAA